AUGAAACAAACGACUAUAUCUACUCCAUCUCUGUCACCAUUUAAUGGUAAAUCAAUUGUCCUCGAAAUUGGUCAUGAAAUAGGUUUCAAAGCUAAACAAGAACUGAUCAACUAUUUACGAGAACAGAAAGCACAUAUUUCAUAUAUUCUUACAGCUAGUGUACGUUCUACUUCUAUUUUACAAACUGGUACUAUUUCCGUCACAGCAUCCAGAGUAAAUACGACCAAAAUUAAUAAAGUCGAUUUAGCUAAAAUCAAGAUAUGGAAUUCAGACGAUGUUGAUUUGCCUCGUUUCGAUGAGUUAACACAUUGUGAAAUUGGCAAAUGGGCAAUUUUUAAAGAAACUAAUGAUAAUUCAGAUGUAUUUUUUGUUCUUGAACUCCAAGUUAUUCCUGAAACAUACUACGAUCAAACAACAAGCGAUUAUCGACUAAGAUUUCGAUACGAAAAACAGAGUAUUGUUAGCGAAAGUCAAACACAACAUAAAAAGGUCUUGAUACAAUAUGCGUUUGGCAAUGAUCCAAACGAACAGCUACAACUAUUUGCAUCAUACUACUAUCGUGUAGCUACAAUGCCACGUGUAACACGAAUUCGUGAGAUGCUACCGGAUAAAGUAGGAUCUAAACUAUUAUUACGUGCUUUAUUUACUCAUCGUAUCGAUACACAAAUACUCAAUGAGAAUGUAUGUCAAUUGAUCGAGUCGAUUUGGCUAGAAUCAAUAGGUGAUCUAAGUAAAAUUUUGAGCGUACAACCUGAAUCAAUCAAUCUUAAAACGAUCAUCGAAGCUGAAGCUGCCUUAUUCGAAAUUAAAUUGACCAAUGAUCCGGCUGCAGCACUUCGUUUCUAUUCACUUAUUCCUCAUCGACCAGAGUAUAAUGUUGAUCUCAUAAAGAAUCGUCGAACAUUGACCGAAAAAAUAGAUUUAUGCCAAAUGCUUCGAGAUAUGCUAACAGUCAACGAACUAACUAAUUGGAAUGUUAAAGCACCGAUCGAAGCUAAAUAUCGAGCGUUAAAAUGUCAUAUUGAAACAGUAGAUAAUUCAACACCUGAAUUUAAGAAUGUUGCUGAUCUCAUUCAAUCGUCAACGGACGAUAAUGAAAAAAUUCUUAUACACCACGUCUUCAGUGUAGCCAAACAAACAGAUGCACUCAAUUAUUGUACAUCACUAUCUCAUCAACGGCAACUAUUUCAUGGAUCGAAAUAUGCCAAUUUUCUUGGAAUUCUGUCACGUGGUUUGACCAUGCCAAAAAUGGUCGUUGAAGAAUUAGGUGUCGUACGUACUGAUAUUGGCUGUCUCGGCUAUGGGAUUUAUUUUUCUGAUUCUGCUUCUACAUCUCUGAAAUAUACAACAGCAAGUACAACACGACCAGGACGAAGAUUAUUGUGCAUCUGUCAAGUAGCACUAGGCGAAUCAGCUAACUAUUAUUCAUUUUCGCCGACUCUUACUAAACCUCCCGAUGGUUUUCAUAGUACACAUGGAGUUAAACGAACGGAAGAAAAUCAUUCAAUGUUUACUGAUAACGAAUAUGCGAUCUAUCAACUCGAUCAACAACGUCUACUUUACAUUGUGGAAGUUUCAUGGGUACCAAAUGAUGCUCUCAAUAUUGAAUUAGAACGAUUACCGAUUGUUCAUACUCAACAACAUACGUUAAAAUUGAGUGAACAUGUCGAAGUGCCGUUGGCAAUCGACGAUGAAGUUAUUGAAGUAGCUGAACAAGACUAUGGUUUAAUAUGUCCAUCGUCAGGAAAACUCGUACCACUUAAAUCAUUUCAUAUUCGUGCUCAAAUUGUUGAUACUACAGUUGAAGUUGUUCUUUAUCAAGUCUAUCAUAAUACAAGUUCGAUACCGAUCGAAGCCAAAUAUGUAUUUCCUCUCGAUGAUAAUUCUGCUGUAUGCGGUUUUGAAGCACAUAUUAACAAUAAAGUUAUAAAGGGCGUCGUCAAAGAGAAAGAACAAGCUAAACAAGAAUAUCGAGAAGCAAUUGAAAAGGGUCACGGUGCUUAUUUAAUGCAUCAAGAACAAGCACAAGUAUUCAGUGUAGCUGUUGGCAACUUACCAGCGAACAAUGAAGUGAUUAUCAAGAUAACUUAUGUUGCUGAAUUAGAAAUCGAAAAUGGUGAUAUCAUUUUUCGUCUUCCAGCCAAAAUGGCUUCAUGGCAAUCAAAACAAGCGAUUGAAAGGAAAGAUCAAUCUAUUGUACGAACCAUCGAUAUUGUCGAUGAAAAAGUCGAAUUUAGUUUCAAAGCAUCGAUUCGAAUGCCCUAUGAAAUAACUAAAUUAUUCUCGCCAACACAUCGUCUUCGUCGAAAAUUGACCGACUGUAUAGCCGUGAUCGAACUUGUUGAUAACGUUUUAAUUGAUCGAGAUUUCGUUCUUUCAAUAACACUCAAAAGUGCUAAUUUACCCCGAAUAUUAAACGAAACAUUGUCAUUGGAUGAUGACAAUGGAACAACAACGACAACAUCGAACAAUGUUGAUUCUGAAGCAUGUAUGCUGACAUUUUAUCCACGAUUUGAAAAAUUGACAAAUUCGUACGAACAAAUUGAAAUUAUAUUCAUUGUCGAUGUGUCGAAUUCAAUGGACGGUACACAUGUACAACAAGCUAAACAGUUAGCACAUUUGUUUCUUAUGAAUUUAAAAGUAGGCGACAUAAAUACAUAUUUUAAUGUAGUUACUUUUGGAUCAGAUAAUGAUGAAUGUUUUCCUAUUUCAACAUCAACUACAAAAGAAAAUCUUGAUAAAGCUAAACACUUUGUUUUGCAUUCACUUGUUCAUCGUGGUAACACGAAUCUAUUUGCUGUUCUUCACCGUUAUUCAUUGUUACCAUCAUCAAACUUUGGUCGACAAUUUAUUAUUCUCUCUGAUGGACAUAUUCAUGAUCUUCAAUCGAUUCUUGUUUUACUUGAACAUCAAUCAACUAUGCGUCGAGAUCGUAUAUUUGCAUGUUCAAUUGGUAAUGUUGCUAACAAACACAGUUUGAAACAAUUAGCGAAUGGAGCAAGUGGAGGUGGUCUAACAACCGUAUUCGAUUCGAACUAUCGAUCGAAAUGGAAAACAAAAGUAUUAAAUAUUCUCGAACAAGUUCGACAACCAUGUGUUACAAGUAUAUCAAUUGAUUGGCAUGGUCGUUUAGAUGAACAACAAAAAUUUAAUAUGCAAGCACCAAAAAUAAUUCGAUCAUUGUUUAAUGGAAUGCGACUUAGUGUCUAUCGAUUUAUACAAAAUUGUCAUAAGGCCACAUUAACAGCUACUAUCGAUGGACAAGAAUAUGUUACAACUGUAUUUAGUAGUACAACGACAACGACCAAAGGGCGUAUCCUACACUGUUUAACCGCUCGAGCGAUUAUCGAUGAUUAUGACAAUGGAUUAUUGCAUGUAGACGAGAGCAAAAACGAACUGAUGAAAGUUCAAUAUAAACAAGAUCUCAUUGAUCUAAGCAUCAAAUAUUCAGUCGUUAGUGCAUACACUAGUUUCGUUGCUAUCGAAGAACGUGAUACUAAAACAGAUGCAAAAACUCUUCAGCCAGGUGUUCGUCUUCUUGAUGUUAUACUCGAUCGAGAUGUUGACUUAUUACCAUACAUUGGAUGGGACGGUGAUAUGUCAAAUUUGGAUACAAUCAAACAGAAAUUAAUGGAUGCACGCAUUACACUCGAAAGUGCAUCGAUUCAAAGCAAAAAAGAAUCCGUAGUUGAUAUUGAAAAUCUUUGUGAAAAAAUUUCCUAUCGAGCAGGUGGUGAUACGAAAUUUGAUAUGAUGAUGAGUAUCAUACGCACAUAUCGUCAUGUAUUGAAUGAGCAUGAAAAAGCAAAUGAAAUAGAAGAUAAAAUGCGAAAGGAUCUUAAGACUGAAAUGAUUAGUGCAACGACAGAAGAACGACAAGCAUUACAGCAACGAUGCCAAGCUAACAAUUUGAUAAUCACAAGUGACGAAGAGGAAUCAUUAGGCGACUUCGAUGGUAAGUCAAGUGAGAAAAUGCGUGCACCGGAAAUGUAUUCGUUAGCAGCGCUAUCAGAUUCCGACGAUGAACACUAUGGUAUGAUGGAUUUCGACGAUCUUGAUGAUGGUAUGCCAACAGCUUCCCACUCGACACCUCAAAAAAUGCCUGCACACGAAGAACGACCAUCGAAAGUACAGGUGGAAUACGACGAUGAAGACGAUGAUCAUGCGUUAGACAUAUUUGGUGAUUAUACACCAACAGCUUCAUACAUAGCAUCUGCUGCUUCAUUUUCGUCUCAGAGGCCACCUGAGCCUCAAUCACUGCGUCCACCGCCGCCGCCGCUACCACCACGGCUCGAAUUUAUGCCCCAUUCAGCUACAGUGAGCAGUAGAGGUAGGAUGCCAGGGCCGUUACCACCACCACCAAUAGAUACACCAACAGCAUCGAUGGCAUUUUUUGAGAUGCCACCGCCUGCUGUCAAUCAAUCCCUUCCACAAGAUUUUUUUCUACCACCAUCAACUCCAUGUUUAGAAACUGCUGCUGCUGCUGCUCCUCCACCACCCCCUCCUCCUCCUCCUCCUCCUCCUCCUCCUUUUCCACUACCGCCUCCACUACCGCCUCCAUUACCAACAACAACAGCAACAGCAUCAUCAUUCUUACUUGAUCAUUUCAACCAGGCUUCUGCUGAUGGUAGCAUCUCAAGCCAAAGCAGUGAAUCAGCAGAUCGACUCAAACGGGAGGACGGACUCUUAGCUGAUACUUUGACUUUGAGUGUUUCUUCUUUUCGUCCUAUAGCAUCACUCAAAAAGUCAUAUCCAACAGUAUCAUUGAAAAUGAAAGCGGGAUCAGAUGAACCUCGUAGUGGUGGCUGCUGUAUGGGACCUCCAAUAACAGCAACACACUCAAGGAAAAGCACUAUUUCAGAAGCUUCGCCACGUGGUGGUAAACAAGAAGUGCCAACAUCCGAUACAUCUAUAUGUGAUCUUCUCCUUCUCGAUGUCUGUCCGCUUAGUCUUGGCAUUGAAGAUAUUCACGGUCAAAUGCACACAGUUAUUCGUCGUAAUACAACAAUUCCAACACGUACACAAUUCUAUCCAGUGUUCACAAAUGCUUAUGCCUAUCAAACAACUGCUACCAUUCGUAUAUUUGAAGGCGAACAUAAUCUUACAAAAUACAAUAUACUUUUGGGCGAGUUUAGUCUUUCUGGUCUGACAAGCAAUUAUGCUGCUCAGACACUCGUAAUUUCUAUUCGGAUGGAUAUUGAUGCUAAUGGUAUAGUUCAUGUCGAUGCUGAAGAAGCACGUUCAGGUGCCAAAGCUUCCUUUACUGUCACAUCCGAUGAUCAACAAAGAUUGACCAGAGAUGAUAUUGAGCGACAUAUUACAUAUGUUAAUAGUGACCCAAGUUUUGCAGCUAAAUCAAUUUAUGAUUGCAAACCAAAUGAUCCAUUGUACAUGGAUGGUUCAUUUACAUUGAAUAAAGACCUAGCUGAUGUAUUUCACAUUGAUGUUGAUACAUUCAAUGAUCUUGAAAACUACUUACGUGAACAAGGUUUUAACUCAUUGGCGUUGAACAUACGCAAUGAAAUUCUUUAUUUGAUCGGCACGGGUGUUAUUCUUAUCUGGCUUGUUCUUCAAACACAAGCAUCACAACAGAAUACAUUUCAAUUUUUAUUUAACAUCGAACAAAUCAAAGUUCAUCUUUGCAAUCAUUUACCUGCUAAUAUGAACGAACAAAUAAACAAAGCGAUUGAAUUCUAUCAACAAACAAAUCAACGUAAUGGCAUAUAUUGCAAACAAUUAGAAUUGAGCGAUUCAUCAUGGAACAUGUUUAUUCAACGUAUACUUAUUGGUAUCGAUCGUGUCGAUAACUAA